CUUUGCUGACUUUGACCGAAAGCCUAAAAUCGGGCGGGGCGGGACGGGACUGGGGUAGUGCGGUAAAAAAAAAGGUAAAAAUAUGUCUUAGUCAGGCCGAAUAACCAAUCGGGGGCCUGCACGGACAGGCUUUGGAGUUUCGCUCAGGAUGUUCUCGAGGAUGGGGUCCUGGGCCCUGUCUCUAAUUCUCCUCCUCAGGAUCCAUUCUGCACUGACAGGAGAGUUUCAAGUCUCUUGCUUGCAAUACCCGAUCUUGGUUGAGAUUGGUGCCACAGUAGUGCUGGAAUGCCAGCUAAUCCUCACGGUGCCAGUCGUAGACUUGGAGAUCCGCUGGACCAAGGGAAACGCACUGAUCCACCUCUACAGGUUUGGGCAGGAUGAGAACACUGGGCAGGACACCAGAUACAAGGACAGGACCCAACUCUUUGCCAGUGAAUUCAAGGAGGGCAAUGUGUCUCUGAAGCUAACAAAGGUCGAGCUGGCGGACGAGGGCGAUUAUGAGUGUUUUGUGGAUUUGCGGAACAUGGAAAUGGAAAGUGCAAUAAUCAAACUGAACGUGGCGAGUUUAGGAGAAAUGCCAUCGAUCAACUUGGACAAGUACACGGGGAAUGGAAUUCAGCUGCUGUGUGAGUCCCAGCAGUGGUUUCCUGAACCGACGGUGGAGUGGAGGGAUGAGAAUGGUAAGGCCCUAGCCCAGCAGAGCCAACCGAUAAUGAUUAAGAAUCCCAAAUCCUUCAUCAAAGUGAAGAGCUUCAUCGAUGUGACGAGUGACUCUGGGAACACCUUUAACUGUCUACUGCGAAGUGUGGGGUUGAACAAGACAGCCAGUGCCGUGUUCUAUGUCCCAGCUGAAUUCUAUCCCAAGACCUCCGGCUGGCUUUAUGCCUUCCUCCUGAUCUUCUUCACCAUCCUCGCCUUCAUCAUCGGCCUACUCCUAUUCUUCAGGAAGCAACAGAGAUAUGUCCGAGAUCUAGCAAAUAGGCCAAAAGCUGCAGAAUAUUUGCAAGAGUUGCAGCAGAACCAGGACCUCAAAAUGAAGUUUGAAAGUCUCCAGGUCGAGCUAGCCAAUAUUUGCCUUAUCCCUGAAACAGCCUUAAUGAGGAUGACUGAUGCUAAAGUUGACUUCACCCUGGACGGUGACACUGCGAAUCCAAACCUCCAGGUAUCUUCCGAUACCGUGAGCUACCCUGCAGAAGCAAAGAUUCCCGCUGGCGUGUCCAAGUUAUCCGUGCUGGGAAAUAAAGGCUUCACCAGCGGGAAGCACUUCUGGGUGGUGGAAGUGAACAGUCAGUCCCCCUGGGACCUGGGAGUAGCCAGGAAGACAAUGGUCAGGGAGGACGAGCCAGCUUUGAGCCCUGAAAACGGAUACUGGACGAUUGGGCACGACGGGCGAAAAUACUGGGCAAACGACACCAACCCCUUGGAAAUCUCCCUCGAACAGAAGGUCCAGGAGAUUGGAAUAUACAUCAACUGCCACGCUGGGAAGGUCCUUUUCUGCGAUAUGGCCACCCGUUCCCACCUCCACACUUUCACUGUCAGCUUCGAGGAGCCGAUCUACGCUUUCUUCAAUCUCUCUCAGUCUGGGGAAAUGUUAAUUUCUUAGUCGAUCACGAACUCCCUCAGACAAUAGUCCAAAACGCGUUGACCAGACCAUCGCAUGUGAUGCCAUCGCUGUGUGUUGCGGGAUGAUGAUAAUGUCAACCUCUUAAAGUCACAAGACCCAGACACUAAUUUACUCCCAGAGUUAUCCCAAAACAUUGGUAGUAGACGUUUCUCUCUUCUACUUGGCGUUAUUCAACACUGGGAGAGGGGCAGGGGGCAGACUGCAUUGGGAUAAAGGAAGACGGGGAAUGGAUUGCUCACCACAAUUCCCUCCCUCCCUAAUUACUCCCUCCCUCCCUAAUUACUCCCUCCUUUUUUGGACUGAAUCCGAUUUGGGUGAAAUUGGUUUGCUCUGGGUCUGGCCGAUUUUUCAAUGUCAUGGGGCCUGCCCUGUACCCCAAACUUGGCCAAAAGUUUACUUUCCUCCCAAUGGUUUAGAGUUUGAGCAAUAAACCUCUUCAGUGAGGGAAACGCUGCAGCAUUUGAUGUGCUGUCCUCCAGAUGAGUCAUUAAACCUGAGAUUGCCCCCACGGAUCCCAUGGUAGAAUUGCGAGGUUGGGCAAGGGGAGCUCCCUCCCCCACUCCACCGCCACCCCCCCACCCCGGUCGAUGUUUGGAUUAGAAGGGACCUGUUCACUAAGUGGCAUCUGCAUUUCAAAAUAAUUGUACUAAUGACAUGUGACUUUGUUAUUAAAGAUACAAGUUAACAAA